AUGGAAUCCUCCAAAAAAUUAUUUAGUGGUGCCCCUCCCAUGCAACUUCCAGGAAACUAUAGCGACCAACUUCCUUUUCUCUGUUCUGUACCUUCCUUUGUUUGCAUUUUCUUGGACUCUUUCCACCAAAAUUUCCUUUACAGCCUUCACCUAUUUAUAUCCCUUUGAAUUUGUAUAUCUAUAUCUAUCUAUAUCCAUAUCCUAAAAUUUACAUCCAAUACUAACUUGCUUCUAUAUUUUAUUCUAAGAGCUAGUCCAAUAUCAAUGGCUACAUUGGGACGAGACGUCGUAUUCGAGGAUUUUUUCCCUUCAAUGGUGGAAAAACUUGGAGCUGAGAGAUUCUUGAAAGAGCUAAGCAAUGGAUUUCGAAUGCUAAUCGAUGAGGAGAGGGAAGUCAUUACAUUUGAGAGUUUGAAAAAGAAUGCAGAAUUGUUGGGAUUGAAGAAUAUGAGAGAUGAUGAGGUUAUGUGCAUGUUGAGAGAAGGGGAUUUAGAUGGAGAUGGUUGUUUGAACGAGAUGGAGUUUUGUGUACUCAUGUUUCGUUUGAGUCCUGAUUUAAUGGACAUAUCAAGAAUUUGGUUGGAAGAAACUCUUGCCAAAUUGUAGCUGGAUUUAAUAAUUUAAUCUCUUUUGAUUCUUGUUAUA